GGGACAAACAACCCCCACGACGAACCAGCACGUUUUACGUCACCCGGAAGUGACUGACGUCUGGUUUACUCGGACGUAAACAUGGAGGAGCGAGAGGCGCUUAAGAGGCAGAUUGAACUUCUACAAGAUCUGAUCGAUAGGCAUAAGAGCGUCCACGGAGAUGAACCGAUCACCGCGGCGGCGCAGAGGCAACCUGAAGUUCCUACAGCAGCCAAAGGCGGAAGUCUCAGCGCAGCUUUUGUCCAUCCUCACAGCUCCAGAGGGCGUGGAAGUUGGAGGAAGACGUACUCUCUGAGAAAUGACCACCCCCAGUCCACUGUACGACGUCCCUCCACUGUUCCCUCCACUUCCCUUUGUCCACCCGCCUCCCAGUACGGAAGUGGCAGCAUCUCCUCCACAAUCGACAGAAAGGGGCUUGAAACCGAUCUCAGCAAAACUGCUACUUUGUCAGGGAAUCUUACUCUAAAGAAAGAAGAAAUUUCAGCCAGGAAAAUGGAAACGAGUGCCGCAGCGACAGAGCGAUUGAACGCACUCUCUGCUAAGCGAGGUUCGAGUUCACGUAGCAUCGAUGUCCAGCGAGAUGCGGCAGAGACUCAGGGGGGUCAGCAAAAGGCUGAAACCAGGUCUGUCAUUCUGCCAGGAAAGAAAACUGGAGCUUCAUGCAAGGUUCCCUCGUCUGUUAACACCGACGCUUUAAUGAGUUCUAAGAACAGUGUUCUAGUGCAAAACAAGCCUCCCCCCAACAGUCAAACCGGCUCAGAAAGCUGCAAGACGCAUAAUUCAUCAACCUUACCAGCUCUGUCCAGUGAUCUCACCAAACCGCCGCUACGUUCUCCUUCCAAAGAGUCAAAACACUCCGCCCCGGGUUUCCAGGUUAAUGCGGCAUGUUUAAAAAAGUCCAAAUUCACCUGGGUGAAGAGCCAGACUGCGGACCCGGAGCCCAAAGCAGCCAGCUCUGCUUCCGUACCAAACAGAGUCACGCAUUCUCACACGCCUGUCCUCAAAGCUCCGCCGACUGUCGGGAGUCCGUCAUCAGGUGUAUUAAGUAAGAAAACGCCCCACAGGAAGGUUCCUCGAAAGCUCAGCCCUGUCACCGUAGCCCCCAAGACUUCAAAGUACAGGUGGGUUUCCUCCUCUGGGGCCCAAACCAAGAACCAGCGCAAACCAACGUCCCCCAAAGCCCUAACUGUCCCUCAGAGAAGCCUAGAGAGAGGCGAUGUUGCCAAGAAACUCAAACCAGCCUCUACUCCCUCUGGAAGACAGAAGAAGGGGACCGCAGCUUCCCCGACCAGCUCAGCACUCGUGAGCCGUUACCGUUGGAAGGCCGGAGGGCAGGUUGCAGCUGGGUCGGGGACGGGGACAGCGGCGGUGGCUCGCCGUCGCUCCGCCUUCCACUGGACGGCAGAAAAGAACACCAGAGGGCUGAAAACGGGACACGCUUCUCCGAGUUUAACUCAACGGGGCCAUCCUCGCCCUCCCUCCCCUGGCGGGUUCAAGCUCCGCAGCAGAAUGAAAAUCAUCAGGCGGUCCGCCAGCAGCGUCGGCGGGUCAGAGAAGGCGAGCAGCCCGGCUUCAGGAAAGCCUUCGCCACGUAGUCGCCUGCACUCCUUCGCCAGGAGUCCUGCGGGAGUUCGUAGGACGCCUUCCAGGGAGCUGGUCUGUUUCGGCAGACACAAGCUAAGGCGGCUCUCCCCGACCUCGUCGAGAACAAAUACUGUCUCCCCAUCCCAUCCAAGCCCCGCCUCCAAGCGUGUGUUCAGGACGCGCUACAAGAUGGUGACCCGUCCGGGUACAAGUGCUAUACACAGCCCACAGUACAACCCAUCGCUCUCCUGGCGAGCCAGGAAGAUCCAGUCGGCCAGGACUUUCCUUCAAAACCGCCGCCGAGCGCCUUUUGACAGACACCAACCAUCCAGCCGGUGCUGGACGGGGAUCGAGAUGUGCUGGAUCCGAGGCUCCCUGUACCGGGUUUCUGCCAACAAGCUGUCCCGCACUGUGACACCACACACAUCAAUUGAUCGAAGAGGAAAGCUCUCCAGUCCACACACGUCUCCUGCCCUGACCCGCCAUUUAGCCAGCCGUGCAGUCCAGCGGAGCAUUGCCAUCAUCAGACACGCUCGUCAGAAAAAGCAGCAAAAGCAGUACUGCAUGUAUUACAACCGCUUCGGCAAGUGUAACCGGGGCACAAGCUGCCCCUUCAUACAUGAUCCGGACAAAGUGGCUGUCUGCACCAGGUUUCUGAGAGGGACAUGCAAACAGGCAGAUGGCACCUGCCCGUUCUCCCAUAAGGUUGCCAAAGAGAAGAUGCCGGUGUGUUCCUACUUUCUGAAGGGGAUCUGCAACAACAGCGACUGUCCCUACAGCCAUGUUUAUGUGUCUCGUAAAGCGGAAGUGUGUGAAGACUUUGUCAAAGGCUACUGUCCAGAGGGAGAGAAGUGUAAGAAGAAACACACUCUGGUGUGUCCGGACUUCUCCAAGACCGGCUCCUGCCCAAGAGGUUCUCGCUGUAAACUACAGCACCGCCAGCGGGUCAAACGGAGUCCCAGCAGCACCGCCACUGUUCCCGUCAAGAAAGGCCGCUCUAAAGAGCCCGUGAAAAGGCCUCAUCUAUCUGUCGUCAUGCCACAAGACGCUCAGGCAGCUCCAGGAACACCCAUUGCGGGUCCCCUGGCUCUGCCAUCCUUUAUCUCUCUAUCCAGCUCUCCAGAGGAGGCAGAUGCACCAGAUUCACCGCUGGCUGACGCAGCGCAACUCAAAGAGAGAAAGCUGCAGAUCAAACCUCGACUGAGAGACCAGAAAGACUGAAGCGGGACACGUCUCACCGAUCUGGGAUUUUUCUUUUUUUUUUUUUUAGCCCCAGUUCCUUUCACUCAGGGCCCGAAAGUUUUAUCUUUUCUGCCUGUAUACAAAUGUUUCAUGAAUAAGUGUUUGCAAUCUGAGUUUUAUUUUUGCCUUCAGUGUAACUUUUAAAUAAAGCGAAAAUAAAACAUGAACUUUAGCGGCC